AUGUCCGUAGACACAAACGCCCUUGCCCAAACCUUCAAAGCCCUCCACAAACCCCGCACACCCCUCCUCCUAACAAACAUCUACGACGGUAUCUCUGCAAAGACCAUUGCCGCCCUUCCAAGCUCCCGCGCCCUCGCAACCGCUUCGCAAGCCAUAGCCGAAGCCGCCGGAAUCGACGACGACGACUUGACCCUCCCCCAGAAUCUCCGUGCAACGCGCAUAAUCGCCUCGGCAAUCAAGCCAUUCAACAAGCCGUUAACCGUCGACCUCCAGGAUGGCUAUGGUGCGCACCUUGAACAUGCCAUUGGCGAACUGGUCUCCCUUGGCGUCGUUGGCAUAAACCUCGAGGACUUUGAUCGCGAGACGAAUGACUUCUUCCCGCUUCCCAAUGCUGCGGAGCGUGUUCGUCGUGUUCUUACUACAGCAAGAGGGAAAGGCGUUCCGGACUUUGUGGUGAAUGCGCGGUGCGAUAUCCUCGCUCAUGGCGGCGCGAUUAAAGAAGUAAUUGAGCGCGGAAAGGCAUAUCUCGAUGCCGGAGCGACGACGGUGUUCGUUUGGGGUGGGUCUACGAGGGGUGGUUUGAAGAGGGAGGAGGUUAUGCAACUUGUUGAGGCGUUCGAUGGGAGGCUGAGUGUUUUGCUAAAGCUGAAGGACGGACUGAGUGUGGACGAAGUAAGUGAUAUCGGGGUUGCAAGAAUUAGCCUUGGUCCGACGCUGCAGAGGAUUGCGAUAGAGAGGAUUAGGGAGGUUGCAUCUGAGGUUUAUGGGUUGGGUUCAAGGGUUUUGUAG